AUGGAAGUGGACAACACCUCCGCUCGCGGUGGGACUGAUGCCACUCGGGAGAAGCAUCCUUCCCUUGAGUUGGCAAACAGCGCCACUAAUGCGAACCCAGAUCUAGUCGACAUGGAGGCGUACAGACGGAAUGUGCCGUUAUGGAAGAGGAUUUGGCAGCAUAGCUUAACCCAGAUGAUGCUCCUCAGUGUCCAGGCCUUUUGCGGGCCAGCUAUGGACGACGCCAUCGCUGGCCUCGGUGGUGGCGGUCUAGCAACACCACAGACAUCCAAUACUGCUACCGCCAUCAGCUACACCAUGCUCGCCAUCGUCUGCGCUUUCGGUGGCCCCUUGGUAAAUAAGCUCGGUGUCAAGUGGUCUCUGGUUAUUGGUGCCGCAACGUUCCCCAUCCGCGGUGCAUCGUACUACGCCAACAGCAAAUAUGGAAACCAAUGGUUCCUCAUUCUCGCCAGUUUCCUCAACGGCACCGGGACUGGGUUUUGCUUGGCAAAGAAUCACGUCAAGGGUGUCGAAGGAGGUGUCACUCCCGACACUUACAUCGCUUUUGUCAUCAUCGAGUGUCUGGCAUUACCCUUCGCGUUCCUCAUCUCUCCACUUGAACGGGUCAUUCCUGUGCUGACAUCUUAUUCUGCAAGUGUGGGCUGUUUUGGACUAGGUUUCAUCCUUGACCUCAAAGGUCUGAGUCAGCGACGGAGGGCUCAGCUUGGUCUUUACACGGUCGUACUUCUCAACAUGGGCGUUUAUGUCUGGUCCAUCAUCAUGCAAACACGUUUCGACAAACACAACCCUGGCGCUAUCGACUGGGACGAGCCGCUCUAUCCCUCAGCCUUUCUGCCCUACUUCUUCGUACAGACUACUGGUCCGCUAUCGCAAUCGUACAUGUACUGGUUAAUAUCAUCAUUUGCAACUGACGCACAAUCCAAUGUCCGCAACGGGGCCGCAUUCCGCUGCGUCGAAGCAGUUGGCCAAGCGGUGUCAUACGGGCUCAACACGAAUGCGAACCUGAGUACUCUCGUUGGAUUUUGCGUCACGUUUGGUCUCAUGGCUGCAGCACUCGGUCCGAUGAUUGUUCUCACCAAUGAUGUACCGGAUCGCAUCCCCGCCGACGUGCUUGCCGAGGAGCAGCAAGCUGCGAUUGAGGGGAAGAAAGUGGAUGAAAAGAUUAACCCUGGAGUAUAA